AUGUAUAGAACUAACUGGGGCAUUGGUCAUGACCUUAAAGAUAUUUUAGAGGCUCAUAAAGGUCCAUUUACAGGGCAGGGCCAUAAGGGACUCUAUGAAAUCCUAACAACAUCGUGGCAUGCUCAAUUAUCUCUUAACCUCGCUAUGUUAGGUUCUUUAACCAUUGUUGUAGCUCACCAUAUGUAUUCCAUGCCUCCCUAUCCAUACCUAGCUAUUGACUAUGGUACACAACUUUCGUUGUUCACCCAUCACAUGUGGAUCGGUGGGUUUCUUAUAGUUGGUGCUACUGCACAUGCAGCAAUUUUUAUGGUAAGAGAUUACGAUCUAUUAGAUCGUGUCCUUAGACACCGCGAUGCAAUCAUAUCACAUCUUAACUGGGUAUGUAUAUUUUUAGGUUUUCACAGUUUUGGCUUGUAUAUUCAUAAUGAUACCAUGAGUGCUUUAGGACGUCCCCAAGAUAUGUUUUCAGAUACUGCUAUACAAUUACAACCCAUCCUUGCUCAAUGGGUACAAAACACCCAUGCUUUAGCACCUGGCAUAACAGCUCCUGGUGCAACAGCAAGUACCAGCUUAACUUGGGGAGGUGGUGAGUUGGUAGCAGUAGGCGGUAAAGUUGCUUUGUUACCUAUUCCAUUAGGAACCGCAGACUUUUUAGUCCAUCAUAUUCAUGCAUUUACGAUCCACGUAACUAUAUUGAUACUACUGAAGGGUGUUCUAUUUGCUCGCAGUUCCCGUUUGAUCCCUGAUAAAGCAAAUCUUGGUUUUCGUUUCCCUUGUGAUGGACCUGGAAGAGGGGGGACAUGUCAAGUAUCCGCCUGGGAUCAUGUCUUCUUAGGUCUAUUCUGGAUGUACAAUUCCAUUUCGGUAGUUAUUUUCCAUUUCAGUUGGAAAAUGCAGUCGGAUGUUUGGGGUACUAUAAGUGAUCAAGGAGUAGUAACUCAUAUUACAGGAGGAAACUUUGCGUAGAGUUCCAUUAUUAUUAAUGGGUGGCUCCGAGAUUUCUUAUGGGCACAGGCAUCUCAGGUAAUUCAGUCUUAUGGUUCUUCAUUAUCUGCAUAUGGUCUUUUUUUCUUGGGUGCUCAUUUUGUAUGGGCUUUCAGUUUAAUGUUUCUAUUCAGCAGCCGUGGUUAUUGGCAAGAACUCAUUGAAUCCAUCGUUUGGGCUCAUAACAAAUUAAAAGUUGCUCCUGCUACUCAGCCUAGAGCCUUGAGCAUUGUACAAGGACGUGUUGUAGGAGUAACCCAUUACCUUCUGGGUGGAAUUGCCACAACAUGGGCAUUCUUCUUAGCAAGAAUUAUUGCAGUAGGAUAAUGGCUAGGAGGAUUUGAAAGGCAUUAUGGCAUUAAGAUUUCCGAGGUUUAGCCAAGGCUUAGCUCAGGACCCCAC